UUCAAUGCAAAUAGGCCACGCCCGGCUUUUUUCUUUAAGAGGCUGAGCCCUCUCCACGCACUCCUUCAUUCCGUUACGCUGCUUCCACGAGAGGACCUUCUUCAAGAAACCGUCUGAGACGUCAAAAAAAGGAAAUGGUCCGGUCCGCUACACUGCUAGUGGCGUUCGCGCUGCUGGCGUCCACUGCGCAUGGGCAGUUUGAUUUCGGUAACAUCGACCUCGAUGGAACCGGUGAUCCCUUCAUCAUCCUCACCCGGCCUCCUACCCAAGCGCCUGUAGCAAACCCCGUCGUUGUCCAACUUCUCGGGCAGGUUUCCGACUUAAUUAGGCAAUCGGGCGACCCAGAUGGAGCCUUCUUCGCAGAGUACUUGGUCGGGGAGCUGGCCACGGCAGGCAUCACCGUAGACGGCCUCACUCAGGGUAUAAUCACCUCCUGGUCGAACGCGCUAGCUACGGAGGAAAACAACUACGAAAGUCUUGCCUUGCAGUUUGAGUCAGUCGGUACCCAGCUCGGGUUCAAUGCGGCGCAAGUGGCCGCGAAAGCAGUGGCCGAUUAUAACGAGUGGCUGAAUGUCACGGCCAUCUUGCGUGCGCUGUCUGCUCGACUCCAGGGCAUCUCUCCCGACAACAUCGGUGGGGUGGCGUGGCAGAUCUCCACAGCACUCUCCUCCUACGGUUAUCCCAGCGACAACGCCUCUAUUGAGGGCAUCUACAACUGGACCGUCGCGCUUGUUGCCGCAGGGAACAACACGGACGGUGUCGCCAUGGACUUCUACGGUGUCGCCGCAGCCGUUGGCGUGUCUCCCGGAAGCCUGGCACAGGAUCUUCAGCAACUACUGACAGCGGCUUUGGACGAAGGCGAGUUGGUGUACUUCUACCUGAUGGAAGUGAAGCAAGUCAUGAGCAACUUCAACACCUCCUACAUCCGGCAGUUCAGCAUCUUGAUCGCCCAGGAACUCAACACCCUCGGUUUUCCGCUAACCCCUGAGAACAGCGAGACGAUCUACAUGUGGACAUUGGGCCUGUACAAUAACAACGACGGCGACAUCGGCGUAUACAUCAAUCAGUUUUACGAGGUGGCCGCCAGUGUGAACAAGUCGGCAUCGGAGCUCGCCAAAAUCGUUUGGGAAGACCUGACUUCCCAGCUGCAGGGAGGCGCAGCAGUCACCGCGCACCUGAUCGAGGUGAGAAACCUGCUGAGACUGGUGGAGUUCAGCUACAUCAGAGGUCUGAGCGAGUUCAUCGCGUACCAGCUGGUACCUCUCGGCUACCCCGUGCAAAACGACACCUUUGAAGUCAUGUACACCUGGACCGUUGGCAUGUUCGGCAACGACGACAUCACUCCUUUAAUCCAGCAGUUCUACGACGUGGCAAGUCUGGUGAACGUAUCGGCGGCAGACCUAGCUCUGGGACUGAAAGACGCGCUGACUGCACAGCUGACGGGUGGAAUGAGCGUUGUCACAGACCUGAUCGAGGUCAAGAGGCUGCUGAAGACAAGUGAAUUCCAGUACAUCGAUGACUUGAGUCUCCUCAUUACAGGCGCCCUUGUUCCUUACGGUCUCGAGUACAACAACGAAUCUAUCGCAAGUAUCUACAACUGGACCGCAGGUCUCUACCUGUCAGACGACAUCCAACCUUACGUCGAGCAGUUCUACCAAGUCGCCUACAUGCUGAAUACGUCUGCUCCGGAUUUGGCCGCGGGUCUGCGUCAACUCCUGACUGACCAUUUUGCUGAAGUCGAACAAGUGGUGAUGGAUCUGAUAGAAGUCAAGCGCCUACUCAACACCGUUGAGUUCAAGUAUGUCUUCGGUUUGAGCCAGCUGAUCACAGGAGCCCUAGGCCAGUACGGCCUCGAGUACAACAACGAGACCGAAGCUUUUGUGUACCAGUGGACCGCAGAUCUCUACAAUGCCCAAGAUGACUUCGGCCCGCAAGUCGAACAGUUCUACCAAGUAGCCUACAUGCUCAACGUGUCGGUCAGCUAUCUGUCCAACGGUCUGAAGCAGCUCCUGACCGACCAUUUCGCAGAAGUCAAUCAAGUCGUGACCGAUCUACUGGAAGUCAAGAGGCUGCUCGGCACAGUGGAGUUCCAGUAUGUCUACGACCUGAGCCUCCUCAUCACAGCAAACCUCAUGCCCUACGGACUUGAAUACAACAACGAAUCCAUCGCAAUGGUGUACGGUUGGACCGCAGGUCUAUACUUUGCACAAAACGACAUCGGCCCACAAGUCGAGCAGUUUUACCAACUAGCCUACAUGCUGAACACGUCGGUGGUAGACCUCGCGGCCGGCCUGAAACAGAUCUUGACCGAGCAUUUCGACAAAGUCAACGCCGUUGUAGACAACCUCCUACAAGUCCAAACCUUGCUGUUGACACUGGAUGAAGCUUUUCUUCCCGGCUUAGGCCAGUAUGUAACCGGUCAGCUCGCCACUCUUGGUUUCCCCUACAAUGACGAAACAGUUGCACAGUUGACCCAGUGGCUGACCGACAUUCGCAACGGUCUUGACUUUGGAGCCUACGUUCGCCAGUUCUACGAGGUCGCUGCUGUUGUGGGCGUGCCAGAGGUGGAGCUCUCCGGAAAUCUCCUCGCUGGUCUGCGGGAACAGAUCGCUCUGGGCGAGGCAGUCUACUACGACAUCUUUGAAGCGAACCAGGUCCUCCCGCAAUUAAGUGACAUGGACGUGGCCAACACUGUCAACUUCAUCAUCAACUUCAUUACAGACAGAGGCGUCAUGGUCCCAAUGGACUUGGAGCAAGGCAUCAGGAAUUGGACCAUCGCGCUUGCACAGCCAUCAGCAGACCUCCAGCCGAUAAUUCAAGAGCUUUACGGAGUGGCUGAGCUUAUCAACAUCCCGGUGAGGGACAUGUCAGGGGCCUUGGUCGACCACCUUAGGAAGGAGCACUACAGUGUACCAGAUUACAUCGAAGUCGUGGCUCUCAUCCUCCAAGAUAUUAACGUCGCGUACCUGAAGAACGUCUCCGUGGAGAUCACACAAAUCCUGACGGGACUCGGCAUCCCGGUGCCGGCCCCUGAGCUGCAGAUGACAUUGUUUGAGUGGGUCGAGAACAUCGCCCUCAAGCCAGAGGACCUCCCCUUAUACAUCGAUCAGUUCAGAGAGGUCGCGGCACUGGUCAACGUUAACAUUGACGAGCUGGCAUACGGGCUACUCUCAGAAGUGGAAACGCUCGCAGAGGCAUUCCCCGACGGCUUCAGUCCUUCCGUGCAGAACAUCCUCGACAACCUACCGGAACUGAUGCAGCUGUUCUCCACCUACUUCCCCGAUUUCUACGCCAACGUCAACAACCAAGUCCAACAGUUUGGCAUGGCGGCAUGGGCCAACGUAUCGGCAAACCUGACCAACUAUUUCAACAACGCACCACCCGAGCAAGCCAUGAUGUUCGAAAACAAGCUUCCUGAAAUUGCCGCUCUCCUAGGCAUCGACAUCCCAGCUAACGUGCUCCAAGGAGACGCCAACGCAAUCAUUCAGUACAUCCAAAGCCAGCUCCCGGACAUGUACAUCCUGUCGUCGGCUAUCCAACAGGCGUUGGAAGCAAUGACUCAGCAAUUCCCAGCUCAACUCGUCGGAGAACUGCUGGAGGUGAUUUUCGGCGUCGACAUCCCUGAUGAUUUCUCCUUCGAUCCAACCUACAUCGUUCAGCAGAUCCCGGUCUUCCUCGGCAGCCUUGGCGUGCAGGUGCCUUCCAACUACUACGACAUCGUGAUGGCGUUUGCAUCCUUCGAGCAAACCCCAGAGUGGUUCGCCAACAACGGCGCAACCAUCGUCUCUCCCUUUGGAAUCAGCCUCCCCGACGACUUCCAACCCACAGAGGAGUACGUUGCCGCCAACCUCGACAAGAUCAUCCAAACCAUCGCCAACCAGGCGCCACAGAUCGUCGGGGUUCUCUACAACACAACACAGCAGAUCUUUAUGCAAGUUCAGCAAAACAUCGCCGUCAACUCCGGUGGCGACGUCGGCAUGUUCAUUCAGCAAAUCAUCCAGAAGGUUCUGGACUUGCUGCCUGGAGCCAGCGACUACUUCGGCUUCUACCUGCCGGAAGACUACAGACCUGAGUUGAUCUACUUCGCCGAGUGGGGCAUCAACGAGCUCUUCAACCUCAUCCCCACAAAGGAAGAAUUCGUUCAAAUGGCCGUGCAACCAAUCGCUGCUACCCUGGCACCAAACGACACGUGGAUUGCAGAGCUCUUGGAGGAUCAAUUCAGUCUGAUAUACGAUCUGAACAUGGUGUACAUCGAGCAUAUGCCCGACGCUCUCAAGUGGAUCGGCCGAUGGCUUGGUUUCGAACUUCCCGACGACUUCAAGUUGGAGCCCGAGUGGUUCAUCGCCCAGCUGCCCAUGGUGCAGGCGUACGUAGAGCAGAACGCCGGAAUGUGGUUCGACCAAGCGACCAUGAUGUUUGCUGAGUGGUCCGAGCAGGCCAACAUGUGGAUCAGCGGCUUCAUGACGGACAGCCAGGGAUGGAACGACAUGGUCAACGCCUGGAUCAACGACCUACCUCAGACAGUGGCUGGCUUGUUCAACCUCGAUACUCUCUUCAUGUAUUUGGAUCCUGCGAAUGCGCCAGAAUGGAUGACCAUGACACCUCCUCCAAUCCCAUUCGAUGCCUUCCUCACAGACGGAUGCGUCCACGCCAUCGCCUUCAUCCUGGACGUCGACAUCCCCGAAGACUACAAAGUUGACGAUCUGAGCAAAGACUUCAAUAUGCUAGUCAACAAGCUCUUCAUGACGCCGCCCGACUACGAGCUCUCCUUCCUCGGCGAACUCCAAUGGCAGUGGGAGACCUUCUUCGUCAAGCCCCUGAAACUGAACAUCCCAGACGACUUCCAGCCCAGCCUGCAGUACCUUCCUGACGUCAUGAUGUACUUCGGUAUCAACCCGCCAGAUAACUUCGAGCCAACCCUCGACUUCUUCCUGAUGUGGGGUAAAGAGUUCAUGAUGAAGCUUGGGUUCGUCUUCCCUGAGAGGGACAUGAUGGGGGCCCGAGACGACGAUGCCACGGAUGCUCAAGCCGGCGAUGUCAUGUCUAGUGACGACAUGAUGAUGAUGGAUUUCGCGUUCCUUGAGUACAUGGCGGAGUUCUUCAUCGUCAACCAGAACAACUGGCCCAUGAUCAUCAAGGAGGCGGAGACGGCGUUCCCGAUGAUCGCCGCCCACUUCGCCGAAGCCGGGGACAAGAUCGCCAUGACCUUCAUGCGCGACGUGAACAUCAUCCUGCAGGCCUACACAGACUACAACACCAAGGUCGCCAGCAACUUCAUGAACCUGUACGAGGGGAUCUACGAUCACGUCACGAUGCGAGCACAGGUCCUGGUGAAGAAGAUGAUGAUGUACGUGUCGCACAUGAUGAAGCUGGGCAGGCACAACUUCCAGGCUAUGGUGAGGCACCUCCGUCUGAGGCUGUCCAUCGAGCUGCACUACCUGGCUCACCUCGCAGAGGAGUUCAUGAACAACGGAAACAACUACCCCAUCCUGCAAGCGAUCGCCCAACAAUUCCAGCAGCCCAGUCAUCCCAUGAUGAACAUCCUUUCCGGCUUCCUUGACAACUACUUCCAGUCUCAGAACAAGCACCCGAUCGCGGUUCUGCACGACUACCUCCACAGCCGCCCCAGCGUGUCUACAUCCCGCCCUCUCAUCGACGUGAUCGCCAACUACCUCGACGGCAUGUCCAACCGCCCGAGCCGCCCGAUCCUGGAACAGAUCAUGAACUACUUCUCCGGUCAGCAGCAGAGCGCUUGGGACGACGUUGCCGACUUCUUCUUCGGAAUGAACAACAACAACCAGCGCCCUCUUCUGCAACAGCUCUUCGACAAUUUCUUCGGAAGCAACCAACAGCAGUACCCAGUCAUUCAGGCCAUCGCAGACAACUUCUUCGGCAAUUCUCAGCAGCAGUCAUCCCCCGUGCAAAUGCUGAUGGACUACCUCAAUGGGCAAUCGAACAGGCCAAACAUGCAAUCCAUCGUCCAACAGCUCCUUGGCUCCUCUUCAGUCAUCAACCAGCUGUUCGGAAACAACGAGAGGCCAACACCGCAGCAAAUGCUGUACGAGCACAUCUUCGGCAACGAUGGCCAGCGUCCUCAGGCAAGCCUGCAGGUACUCAUCCAGCAGAUGUUUGGCACAAACAGGCCCUCGCCCAACCAGAUCAUGCAGCAGGCAGUCCAAGUCAUGUUCGGUGUUCAGCAGCAGGGCUGGAACACAAACACGUUCUACGACGACGAUAAUCAAGAUCCGCUCGCCUGGCUCCUUGGAGACGACUGGAUGAAUUGGUUCAUGCCGGAAGAGGAAGAGAAUGACAACUGGUUCUCCUGGCUGUUUGAAGAAGAAGACAAGGAAGAUGACAAUAAUGACUGGUUCUCCUGGCUUAUGGGUGAUGAGGACAAGUCAUCAGAGGAGGACAAGGAGGAUAGCUGGCUGUCCUGGCUGUUUGGAGAAGAAGACAAAGAGGACGAUAAGGAAGACGACACACAAGAUUGGUGGUCCUCGUGGUUUGGCGGCGAAGAAGAAGAAGAGGAGAAGCCGGAGAUGUGGUACACGUGGUUCUUCACCCCUCCUAUGGAACAGGACAAGGACUCCUCCGAAUCGAUGGAGAACAACUGGCUCUCCUGGGCGCAACCUCAGAACGAUGACCAGCCGGACACUUUCCUGACCUGGUGGCUGUCGGACGACUCCCAGAUGUACUCCGGAUUCGACCAUCUCGUCAAACCCAUGCAGUUCCUUCGCGGUCGCCAGUGGGGUUAGUCAUCCUAAACAGCACCUUAUAACUCAGGUAGACAACUGCGUAGUGCUCUCCAAAAUCAACACAAUGUAACAGUGGUGGUAGAAUACUUUUCAAGGCUUAGUCAAGAAAAUAUCAGAAGUCAGUGACUUUAUUUCUGAGAAUCUGUAUAGAAGCAAAGUUUGGCUCUUGCGCUAGACAGGGAAAAUACCCUCAGAAGAUGUAAUGUCGAAAAGCAUGGCAGUACUGUAUCUGUAAAAUCACAUUCUUUCACCAGGAAUGAAUGUAUUUUUGUAGAAUUGUUUGAGCGGUGAGAAGAAAAUUCACGACAAACGAAACAAUUGCAUUACUUGGUGGACGUCUUUCCCUUUGUAGCAUUGAGUUUUCCCUGAAAAGUCCUUGGUUUUAUCAAUCAAAUUGAUUGAGUCUACUUUCAAUACAUAGACAUUUUCCGAUUAUCAAAGUCCUUAGACUGUGAAUAGUCAUUUUUAAACAAACAUCGUAUACAUUGUACUCGACUACGCUGUAUCAAUGCAAUGUGUGAAUUUUUUUGUUAAAACAAGGAAGCAUGUACAAGCAAUAAUGAAAAUGUAAGUAAUGACAACAAGAUGUUUAGUGCAGACGACGUAAUUGUUCUUUAAUCAACACGUAAUAUAUGUCAGUGUUCCUUGAUGGAAAUACUACACAACCCUUUUCGUGUGAUGUCGAAAUGUUAUUAUUCGUUCCAAAACAAGAAAAAAAGGAAUGAGCGCUUGUAACCGAAGAAUCUACAAUGUAAGAGUACAGAAAUGUAUUUUUAACAACUUUCAUUCAUUGAUUUAAUACUGUGAUAUGUAAGUUCUAGACUAUCAGGGUUAGAGCAAACAAAUUUGCUCAUUGUGUAUGCAUUGCAAUAUUACACAAGUACGUACUGUUCGAAAGAUUACUGAAUGAUACAAUACAAAUCAUGAUGCUCAUUCCA